UCUCUGCACAAAAACAUCAAAAGGUGAAAGAUAAGAGUCUUGCUAAGAAAUGGCGACGGCGAUGUUCCGAUCUGCUGGGCUUCGAACCGCCCUGCGUGGCGGCUCUCGAUCCGCUGCUCCCCCAAGGCGCUCAUUCUCCUCCUCUGCUGGACACGACGAUGCUCGUGAGACGGCCAAGUGGGAGAAGAUAACUUACCUGGGCAUCGCUUCCUGCACUAUUUUAGCUUUUGUUAACCUGUCAAAGCCGCAUCCUCACUACGAUGCUCCUCCCGCUUACCCAUACCUGCACAUCCGCAAUAAGGAAUUCCCAUGGGGUCCAGAUGGCCUUUUUGAAGCAAAGCAUGAGCACUAGGCUGUCAUUUGGGACAUUUCAAGGAGGCACCAUUUGGAAUAACUCUGUUUCACGUUCAUGUCAGAUGGAUUCAUUUGUCUUCUUUGAAUUUCUUUCGAUAUGAAUACUUGCGCUUAUUUUUCAACAUGAAUUCGGGAUCAAGACCUUGUGGCAAGUUGUUCAAUUUUUUGUUAUGUUUGUAACCAUUGACACAGAUAAAUAAGAUGAUGACAUGUUGGUUUGUUUCCCUUUCCA